AUGCUGAUGGUGGUGGGUCUAGCUGGGUUUGAAAGUUUUAGGGGGUGGAACUGGUGGUGCUGGGUGGGUUUAGGUGGUGGACUGGUGGCCAAAACAGAUUGUAUCGGCAUCUAUGAAGACUAUGCGGAUGGUUGGGACAAAAAACGCUUCUUCGGCGGCUUCACAAGAUUUGUUUCAGAUGGAAUGGCAGAUCCUGCUAGUUAUGGCAAUCCUGACCGUGACAUUGAGCAGGCACUCAUUGCACUGAAAAAAGGUACCCAGUUAAUCAAGUACAGCCGGAAGGGAAAACCUAAGUUUUGUCCAUUCAGAGUUUCUCCGGAUGAAACAACAUUGAUCUGGUAUUCCCAUGAAGCAGAAAGGAAUCUGAAGUUGUCUUCUGUUUCACGAAUUAUCCCUGGGCAGAGAACCGCUGUGUUUAGAAGAUAUUUGCGUCCUGAGAAGGAGUACUUGUCGUUUUCGCUCUUAUAUAAUCAAGGAGAAAGAUCUCUUGAUCUGAUUUGCAAGGACAAAGUUGAGGCAGAGGUGUGGCUUUCAGGCUUGAAAGCUUUAAUCCCCACCGGUCAAAGUCAUAGUAGACGUACUCGGAGUGACAUUUCUGAUUUACAUGACGGUGGUAGUGAUUUUGUUCAAAACGGGCGUCCAUCUGGUGCAAGUCUAGAGUUCACUCCUAGUAUUCCACGCGGCAAGGUUUCUGUUGAUUUUGGUUCUCGUGGAACUUCUUUGUAUUUGCCGAGCUCAGAUGUGGGGUCUGAACGAGCAAAUAUGCAAGUGAGAACAAGCACUUCAGAUGGUUUCCGAAUUAGUGUCUCAAGCACUCCUAGUUGUUCAAGUCAAGGUUCUGGACCAGAUGACAUAGAAUCAUUGGGUGAUGUGUAUGUCUGGGGACAGGUUUGGUCUGAUGGAGUUGCAAUUGAUGGAUCUGGGAUUCCAAUUGCUACAAAAACUGAUGUGCUUACUCCUAGGCCCUUGGAGUCAAAUGUUGUUCUUGAUGUUCACCAAAUUGCUUGUGGUGUCCGACAUGUUGCUCUUGUUACCAGGCAAGGUGAGGUUUUCACCUGGGGAGAGGAAUCUGGAGGCAGACUCGGUCAUGGAACUGAAAAAGACUUCAGUCGCCCUCAUCUUGUUGAAUUUCUGGCAGUUUCCAAUGUGGAUUUUGUCGCAUGCGGUGAGUAUCAUACAUGUGCUGUAUCUACAUCUGGUGAUUUAUAUACCUGGGGUGAUGGUACCCAUAAUGCUGGACUUCUUGGUCAUGGCUGUGAUGUUAGCCACUGGAUACCAAAAAGGGUUUCAGGUCCUUUAGAAGGACUUCAAGUUCUAUCAGUGGCAUGUGGGACGUGGCAUUCAGCAUUGACAACUUCUGGUGGAAAGUUAUUCACAUUUGGUGAUGGAACAUUUGGUGUUUUAGGCCAUGGUGAUCGAGAAACAUUGACAACUUCUGGCGGAAAGUUAUUCACAUUUGGUGAUGGAACAUUUGGUGUUUUAGGCCAUGGCGAUCGAGAAAGUGUUCCAUAUCCCAGGGAAGUACAAUUAUUGAGUGGACUGAAGACUAUAAAGAUUGCAUGUGGACUAUGGCACACUGCAGCCAUUGUAGAGGUCGCAAACCAGUCUAAUGCAAAUAUUUCAUCUAGAAAGUUGUUCACAUGGGGUGAUGGUGAUAAAAACCGACUGGGCCAUGGUAACAAGGACACUUACCUGCUUCCAACAUGUGUCUCUGCACUUAUUGACUAUAACUUCCAUCAGCUGGCUUGCGGCCACAACAUUACCAUUGUCCUUACAACAUCUGGCCAUGUCUUCACCAUGGGCAGCACAGCAUAUGGUCAACUGGGCAAUCCUCAAUAUGAUGGGAAGUUACCUUGCCUAGUACAAGAUAGAUUGGUGGGUGAGUUUGUUGAAGAAAUAGCAUGUGGUGCGUGUCAUGUAGCUGUCCUGACCUCAAGAAGUGAAGUAUUCACUUGGGGCAGAGGUGCCAAUGGAAGAUUGGGACACGGGGACACAGAAGAUCGGAAUAUUCCAACUUUGGUUGAAGCACUAAAAGAUAGGCACGUGAAAAACAUAGCAUGUGGCUCAAAUUACACUGCAAGUAUAUGCAUUCAUAAAUGGGUCUCUGGAGCUGAUCAAUCUGUUUGUUCUGGUUGUCGACAAGCAUUUGGUUUCACUAGAAAGAGGCAUAACUGCUAUAACUGUGGACUUGUGCAUUGCCAUGCUUGCAGUUCCAGAAAAGCAUUAAAAGCAGCAUUGGCUCCAACUCCUGGAAAACCACAUCGUGUCUGUGACUCUUGCUAUAUGAAACUUAAAAAGGCUGCUGAGGCUUGUAACACCCCAACUUUUAAUAGGAAAGUGACUUCACCUCAUCGUUCCAUAGACAGUAGUACUAGGCUAGACAGGGUAGGGACAAGGACUUCAAGAAUUCUGCUCUCACCCACUUCAGAACCAAUAAAAUACCUUGAGGUCAAGUCUGCAAUGCCUGGGACCAAAUCUGAUUCUUAUUCUAUAGUGAGAGCUUCCCAAGUACCGUCACUUUCACAACUUAAAGACAUUGCAUUUCCUAGUUCACUUAGUGCUCUUCAAUAUGCUCUGAAGCCUGUUAUAACAACCCCUCAGUCUCAGCCGCAGCUUCAAUCUCAUCCUCAGCCGCAGCUUCAGCCUCAUCCUCUGCCUUCAUCCUCUUCAAGACCUGCUUCGCCAUACUCAAGGAGGCCGAGUCCCCCACGUUCUGCAACUCCAAUAUUUUCUAGGGGUGUCAUUGAUAGUCUGAAGAAGACAAAUGAGCUUUUGAAUCAGGAAGUUUCCAAACUGCAAAACCAAAUUAAAAGCUUAAAGCAGAAAAAUGAAGUCCAAGAUGCAGAGAUUCAAAAAUUACAAAACAAUUCUCAAGAGGCUGCUUCUUUGGCUGCAGACAAAUCUUCCAAGUGUUCUGUUGCUAUAGAACUUGUCAAGUCCAUCACAGCUCAGAUUAAAAGCUUAAAGCAGAAAAAUGAAGUCCAAGAUGCAGAGAUUCAAAAAUUACAAAACAAUUCUCAAGAGGCUGCUUCUUUGGCUGCAGACAAAUCUUCCAAGUGUUCUGUUGCUAUAGAACUUGUCAAGUCCAUCACAGCUCAGCUGAAGGAAAUGACAGAGAAGUUGCCUCCUGAGAUCCCAGAAUGUGAAACCUUUAAAGCUCUGCGUGCUCAAGUUGAAAUGUUUCUGAAUACCAAUUUAACUGAAGCAUCUGAAGACCAUUCUUCUUUGCCAUCAGAGUUGGUAUCUGACCAACAAAAUCUGCCUCAAAACACUUCAUCAGUCGGUAUGUUAGCUAACAGGAUGGAGGACCAUGUACAUGCUGGUAGAUUCCAAGACUUAUCAAAGGAUGGUGAAGGUACGCCACAGAACAGCAAUGGGCAAUCUCUUGAAGCUACCCCUCAACACUCUGAAAGUGAUUCAAGAUCACCUAAAGUAGCAAAUACUGGGGGAAAAAAAGAAGUCAUUGAACAAUUUGAACCAGGUGUUUAUGUAACUUUCAUUCAACUUGGAGAUAAUACCAAGAUCUUCAAGCGAGUUAGAUUCAGCAAACGAAGGUUUGCAGAGCAACAGGCAGAAGAAUGGUGGAAGGAUAAUAAAGAUCGGCUGCUUAAAAAGUACAGCCUAACCAAGUUAACCAGCACCCCAACCAGACCAUCUGGGGCUCCAACACCUGCUGAGGAAAAUGCCGAGGCAGCACCCUCCUCGUAG